GAAAAGUGGAAAUUCCUUUUGCAGCGCUGUCUGCUUGUGGCUGCAGCUGGAAUCAUAAACCAGCUGGGGGGCUUGAUUAGCUCUGGCCAGUUGGACGGACAAAGUGGUCCGUCCUCUCCCACUUUGCCCUUGCAACAAAUAUUGACAGAAGGCCACCUUGGGCUCCGGGAAAGGUUUUCCUAGCAACGGUGGAAGGGACAGGACGAAGGCUGCAGCGAAAGCCACUGUUCCCCUGCACCAGUGCCCGGAAAGCCUCACAGUGCGAUGGAACAAUUUAUCUGAGAGAAUCGUCGUUUUCUGGCCUCUGCACUCAGAGCAAAUUGGUGGCCGCCGGUUUUUACAGGAUAAAAUAUUUUGGUCAUGUGGCAGGCUAGAGUUGAGGGAGUAGAUUAUUCUUAUGCUAUAUUUAAUUUGCUCUGUUUCAUGUCUGUCCAAUAAUAAACAUUUUCUGGGUGAAUGAGGAAUGUUCAAAGAUUAGAAUUGUAAUACAGAACAACACGAACAUCAGAGAGAUAAAAGAGCCAUGAAAAGGCAGGGUGGUGUGCUAGUCCAAGAGUUAGACUGGGAAUCUGGGUUUAAGUCCCAGCUCAGCCAUGCAGCUUAUUGGGUGACUCGCUCUCAGCCUGGCCUACCUGAGAGGGUUGUUGUGAGGAUAAAAAGGGAGCCGAGAAGGACUAUGCAGACUGCCUUCAGUUCCUCACAAGAGGAAAAAAGGCAGGAUAUAAAUGCAGUGGUGAUGAUGACGUCAUAAAAUUUAACUUGCCAACUCAAAAAUGCCUGAGAGGAAAGCUUUGCCUUCGCUUCGCACUGACAAGAUAACGGAGCAGGGAAUUCUGAAAAGUUCCUUCCGCUUAGAGUCGACCGCCUGACCUCUCUCAGCAGCAAAGUGCAGAGAGUGGUCUCAAGAAGCUGCCGUUGAAAGGCUACGGCCGAGUCCGUUACCUGGAUAGACCAUCUUUUGCCCCUUUUUUGCCACGUUUCCGCUUUGGUGUUCAUCCCCCCAUCUGUUAAUUUCGUUUCUUGCAACCUGUGCAAACCGUGUGCAUUUUUGGUGCUGCUUUCCCCUGAAGAGGCACAUUUUGUUCUUCAGCUGGUGAUACGUUUCUCCCCCGAGAGUAUUUUCUGCUCCCUUUCCCCUCGCGUGCAUUUCAAGCACAGUUUUCUUCAGUGCGUUCCAUUUUGCAUAAACUCACAACCUCUCCUGCAGCAUUUGGAAGGGCGUGUGUUUUCGGGUGCAGCUGUGUUGCGGAUCGUGUGCAAAUACUGCAAGCGGGAACUGGGAUGUUUGCAUCCAAAGGUGAAGUGAAGGAAAUUCCCACCCAUCUGCACUUUCGAGGAAUGUCACCUUUCCACAUGGAUCUGAACCCUCGGGUGGGUCUGCCUGAAGGCAAGCAAGGGACACGAAAUGGAUGCUCCAGUGCAGAGUUAAAAACUGGAGAAUCCACUUUUGUAGCACAGCAGGAUGGACACCAAUUCAAGCAGCUGUAAAGGGGACAAACUCCUGGAAUAGAAGGGUAUUUGUGGCUACUAGUCCUCAUGGGAAUAUGCUGCCUCUAGUAUGCACCAGUUGCUGGGGAACAUGGGAGAGAGGGUUUCACUCCUGCCUUGCUUGGGAUAGCCAGUUGGCCAUUGUGUGGAUGGACGGCACGGUCUGAUCUCACAGCUCUCUGUGGGAGAGCUUGGCUUGCCAUGUUGGUAUGUUUUGAAGUCUCGGUAAUACGUGCUAGGAAAGCCUUAUUUUUCUGGGUUAUUUCUAAUCCAAAGAUCAAACACCGUUUUGCUUUUGCAUCAGAUAAAGAGUGAAUUUCUAAUCCCAGCAUCCCAACCAGCAGGACCUCCCGUGGUCUUCCCAGUCCACCUAGACGGGAGGGAAAUCCGGCAGCCCCGCUCAUCUUUCCUUCUUCCUUUGCAGCUCCAUCACCUGAUAUGAUUGUUGCCCGGCCGGGGGCAAACAUUUUCCUGCCCUGCCUGGAGAAGGGCCCGGGGAAUGCCUCCAGCGUGCAGUGCAAAUUCAAGGGGCAGAACUUGAGUUUUCCCGGGAAAGUGGUACCCGAGUCCAAUCUUUCUCUGCUGUCUGUACCCUACAACUUUUCCGGCCGCUACUCCUGCCAUGCCGGGGACCGUGUCCUCUGUUCCCAUCAUCUGAUCCUAGAAGAGCCUCCUGAAGUGCCAGAUUUCAUCUGCCACCAGAGGAGCUUGGCUAAGUACAUUUUGUGUGAGUGGAACGCCUCGCGGCCGGUGUCGCCGCGCACCAAGGCCAGGCUGUGGGUGCAAACAGGUUUCAGAGGGGAAAACUACUCCGAAGAACAGUGCCGCUAUUACAAGAAGUCCCAGAAAUUUUUUUGCCGCCUCACGUCCGUGAACAACGAAGACGACAUCUUGGUGUUUGCAUGCGUGGCCAACUUGGCGGGUGCUGUGAGCAAGGAGAAAUUCCUAAGGGCCGACACUCUGUUGAAGCCAGACCCCCCAGCGGACAUGGUGGUCGGUGCCAUGGAGAAGGCCCCCCGCAGACUGCACGUGACUUGGCGCGAUCCGCCGUCCUGGGGCUCGACCUUCUACCGUCUUCAGUUCCAGCUACGCUACCGGGCAGAGAACUCGCACACGUACUCUGAGGUCCUCCUUCCGCACGGAAUCACUUCCUACACCAUCUCCGAUGCCUUGAGAGGCCUCCGUCACUUCGUCAAGGUGCGGGCCCGGGAGGAGUUCGACCAUGGCAGCUGGAGCGAAUGGAGCCGGGAAAUUACUGGGGUGCCCUGGACAGAGCCCACUGACCCCGUUUCAGAUCCCACUUCAGACGUCACCAAGUUUUCCUUUGACGAUUAUUUUGUCGGCACCAGCAGCCCUAGGACCUCUGAGGUGCCCCGCAGGGUGAUCAAGCCAGCAGCGGCCGUUCCUCUGUACAGCUUCCUCAUCAUGGCGCUCAGCGUGACCGUGGCCCUCGCCCUGGCUGUCGGCAUCCUCUUCCGGUACAGAAAGAAACUGCGUCUGCUUCAUUCCAGAGGAGGGAAGCCCAGCUCUGCACCCUCCUAUUCCCUGGCCACGCUGGGGCCCGAGCCGCCCUUGAGUGCCUUCCCACUGCUCUCCCCGCCAGCCUCACCCUUCAGCGAGACCUCUGCCGACAGCCCCUCUGUCCUGGACCAGAACAGCCCCUACGAUGUUUCCAACGCAGAUUACUUUCUGCUGCCCAAGUAGGAACUGCUUGGAGACGCUCUGGGCCUCUUGCGGGGCGUUGGCAGAGUUAACCAGAAGCGGCAGCGAGUUCAACCGGGACAUAAGCAGAAGCCCCCGUCUGGCCUGUCGCAGUGCCACUGAGUCCCCUUGACGGUGUCACUGGUGGAGGAACCUCAAGGAAUGCCCCCAAACUAAGAGAACUGAAGGUGGGCUCGGCUUCUCCAUCCAUCCAAAGUCCCUUUGGCCGCCUGGAGGAUAUCCCCAGCACGCUACUUCUGAAGAAAACCGAGAUGGAGGUUAAUGGGCAUCCACCCACCUUGCAGUCCUUGCUGUUGUACUUCACUCACUGUUGUCCAGAUGUGGAGGCCCCGGCCUGAUGUUUUGCCAGCAAGCGGAGUUGUUGGAGAAAGUGGCUGGCAGCAUCCACACCCUCUCCUAGGUCAAGAUGUGCCUCAGUUUCACCCUGAGCUUGCGGCCAGAGAAGGGACUGCCUUCCGGGAAUUACCUUGUGCAGUUUCUCUGCUCACAUCUUCCUCUGUGACCUUAAGAGAGGCCUCGUGGAACGAUCCACCACGUCUGAAGCCAUACAUUGAUGGAAGGAGUGGCUUUGGGUCCCCCGGACUUUUGAUGCUCGUUUGCAAGGGGAGGUUUCUACAGCGUCUCACGAGACACUUAGAUAAGUUACGGGGACCCAUGCGUCUGUUUCUGGACUGAAUCAGUUUCUUGCAAUUUAAUGCACAUGUCCGUUCUGACUCACUGGUAUGAAGGGAAAAGCAGACAUCAUGUUGAACAUUUUUCCCACCCAGUGUGAGUUUUCCAACCGGUUUACCUCAAAAAGCACACUUCUGUAUGCACUUGUGUUCGCAGACACACAUUUUUGUAUGGGAACAUGUGAAUCAAGGCCAGUCGAAAUGGGAAUGAAAUGGCAUCGGAACCUCGCUGUCCGUCUCUCCAUCUGACAGAGUCUCUCCAACGAGCGUCUUUUCAGAAGGAGAUUUCGCAGCACAUGCAAUAGACUUUUGUGCUACUGAUCCUGAAGAGAGCCAGGGUUGAAUCCGGGACCUUCUGUGUGCAAAGCAGAAGUUCUGCCUGCAUUUUAGGCCCACUCCCGAUGUGCAGGGAGGGGUGAGGGACACAACCCCCAGUGCUAUUCGCUGGAUGGAGAAGUGAUAAAGGGCCUCAGAAUAAUUUCUCCCCAAUUUCAGCGUGCCAAUCAGCAGGCGCUUGCCUUGCAGUUCUCUGACUGCCAACGUGACACUGUGCUUUGCACCAUGAAAAAUGGGGGCGAUCCCCUCCCACCAAGCAGCCCGGAAUCCAAAUUUCAACCCCAAGAGGCAGCACUGCCCCUUCAAUUAACUUUGCUGCUCUUGGGAUGUUACGACACCCACGGGUUUUGCUGCAAAACAUCAGCCCUGAGAUGGCCAUGCUCUCUCUGUCGUUUUCUUUCCUAAGCACACCGUGUGGGAGAAAGCGACACUUUUGCCGUGCGUGCAGGUUGGCUGCCGGGGUUUUCUUUGCUGCUGCAGUGGAAUUUGACCUCACGUGCCGAUCACCUACUUUGGAGACGGUGAUGAAUUUGUUGUGUUUACAUCCUCUUUGUGGGCUUUCUGGCAGCAAGUGUUCGGCGACCAUGGGAGCAGAACGGUGGCCGAGAUGGGCCACCGGAGCGAUCCUCCGUGGAUCUUUGUGUGUUCUUUCUUCUUAGCUCAGAGAAGGCAAAAAGUUCUGUAGAUUUUAGGCGGGAAGCCCAGAAAUGAUAUGCUAAAUUGAUUUCCUUUUGAACCUGCAUGUGUCUGUGUCUGUCUGCAAAGUUCCUGGUAACAGGUAGUCCAAAGUUCAGAGCAAAAAGGCCUAAGGAAGCUGUAGAAAAUUGGAGAACAGAAAUAAUAAUAGGCCUGAAUAGGUUCAACUUGGUUUUAUUGUUCAGUAAAUCACUGAGUAAGCUGGCUGCUCACCCUUUCUGCACGUCUCCCCAAGUGAAAGGGACUAGAAACUUGCUCAGGGUUCUUUUUGGUUUAAAUCAGAGCUGCCUCUUUUGCUUACAGGCCUGUCUGACCUCACUUCUCGGUUUUGGCAUUGUGACUUGGCACUCACCGGAACAGCCUUGUUGUAAUCGUGAGCAAAUGGCUCGCUUGUUUCCCAGUCGGACUCUUUUGCAGGCGAGCCAGCUGGAAACCGGUUUUAGCCAAUUGCCGUGUGACAGUCGGGACUGAUGUACCCUCAGUAAGAGACCGGUGGCCCUUUCAGAAGUACGAGGAAAUGUGGCUGCUGUUUUCUACCUGAAUUGCUUGCCAGCAGAGGUCUGACCAUCCAUGGUGCUGACUCCAUUUCGUUGGGGUAAAGAAACAGUUCCUUUAAAGUUCCACCUAAAUCUGGAUCCAUGGUCGCAUUGACAUGGGCUCACUGUGGGUUGUUUUGAACCGUGAUACACCCCAGUGAAUGCCCAGGGUUCCCAGCUCAGGGACAAACCAGGGGUUGUUCGUGGUUAAAUAAUCAUGGCUUCUCAAUGCAUGAGUCUUUGUGUCAUCCAAAUUCAGUCACCGAGCAAGCUAGCAUUCAUCAGAGGAUUUAAUUCUGCCACCAGUUGCUUGGAUCAGGAUAAAGGGCUUUUAAAAAUCACACUACAUGUGUUACGUGGCUUGUCCACACCACAAACACAAUAUUUGCCUUGUCCUUUGAAAGUCACCCUUAAUAAUGAAGGAUAAUCUAUCAAAUAAUGGAGUGUAAUAAUGACAGAUAGUCUCUGUCAGUACUUUCUGCAUUGAAUUUCCCUCUGACCUCAAUGUUUACACUUCUUCUCAUCCGCUAGGCUGUAUUAACCUGAAACUUUCUCCAAAAUUCCUGUGCCUCUGAUGAAGUUAGCUGCGUUCCACAAAGGCUUAACGCCACAGCAAAUGUGCGAGCUUUCCGGCGCUUCAAAGAGACUGUUGUUUUCACUGAACUUGUAGGUGACGGCACAUUUGAUCUUAAUCUUCUGGGACUCGGUCAGAAUCAUGGCUUUCUUUCCCCACCCACAACUGAUGAACCCAGUUUCCUGGGUUGCAUGAGAGCAGAAGAGCCAAGGAGACGGCGCCGCCGUCAUGCGGUUCUCUUGCGAAUGUUUGCUGGGGACUUUGUGUAUUUGUCUUGCGCUUUCCCAGUUUACCGUUUUUUCAUCAGUUCUUCUGGGUGCCUUCGCUUGUCGUGCCAAACUAUCCUAGCUGCUUGUUUUGUGAAUAAACCCUCAUGUACCUUACAGACAA